GUCACCCGUAUUUACCCAUGUAUUUUUCUUUUACGUACGGGUUGACACUCUAGUGUAAAAAUAAUUUGUGGAAAUUUACCUAAUAUAAAUUUUAAAAGUAAAAGAUUCAUUUCUAUUUAUUAGAAGCCUAAUUAAAGGAUUUCUUACCCUCUUUUGACUAAUAAAGAGAGACUACUAAUGUUCACACAAAUAUUUAAGAGUCAAAACAAAUCUAUCUCUUUCUCCCUCUCAACAAGAGUUUGUGACUUUGACCCCUCUUCCUGGUUCCGAUAUUUCUUCUCUUUCUCUCUAUGAACAUGAUGUAUAUCAAUUACUUUGAGAUCAAGUAGUGGCAAGUGCCAUGGCCCAUGAGGACACUUUUCACCAAACUAGUGUGGGUGAAUCAUCCAGGAGAAAUUCGGAAAAGGGAGGUGGUUUAAAAUUUUGGCGAAAUUUGGAGAUACAAAAAAUAAGAACUCGGAUUCCUAAGGAGCAGAUUUAAACUGAUGAGCAACUUGACAUGGAUGGAUGUUCUGGUGGUGAAAAUCUAGAUGAUGAAGGAGAGGCUUUAUCAGUUGUUCUCCAUUGGGACGAGGGAAUAUGAUCAAAGGCAAGUCACCAUUAGGAUUAACGCAUCAGUAUGGUGAGACCGAUCGUUGCAACAUCAAGUGUAAAUCCAAAUCCAACUGUGGAAGAAUCUUUUGUGAUGAUGGAACCUAGCGAGCAUUAUGUGAAUAGUGUUAGGCAAAUACAUGAUCAAAGCUGGCUUGUAUGUACUACGGACCAAGAGGUACAUUCAUCUAGUCAUCUUUCUCCUUCUUUGCUUGAAGUCGUUUUGUUUCUCGUUUUUAACGUUUUCGUCUGAUGAUCUGGACUGGCAUUGUUACAUCUUUUUGAUGAGCAGAGACAUCUACUAAACCAAGAUCUGGUGAAGUUUUGGGUUCACCACAAUUCCAUAGGUAUUUCAUUUCAAUAUUGUUAACAACAUCAAAACAAGAAAAAAAGUAGAUAAAAUAAUUAGAUUUCAAAUAUUUUUUUCCCGCUUAUACCCUUACCUAAUUCUCUAACUUGUUUUGGUGAAUGAUAGGAUUACAUGAAAAGCUUGAUUUACCUCUGGCUAGGAUAAAAAAAGUUAUGAAGUCCGAUCCUCAAGUCAAGAUGGUUAGCUCGGAUAGUCAUGUUCUCUUGGCUAAAGCUUGUGAUAUAUUCAUUGAGGAGGUAACCCUCCGUGCUUGGAGGCAUACUCAAUCAUGCUCUCGCAACACCAUCCAGAGUUGUGAUAUAUACAAGGCCUUAAAACAAUCGGUUAUUUAUGAUGAACUGAAUGAUCUUGUUUCUUUUGGACAACGCUCUGUCACCCAUCAGGGUGUGCCACAAGAUGUAGUGCAACAACAACUGUUUCCAUCUGCUAACGUGAAUGUGCCAGAAAUGAAAGAUCCGAUUGAUAUAGAUAAGAUUCAGCAGCAAUGCCUUUACUUUCAAACCACUGAGCAUUUUAUCGACACUGGAGAGUUUGAGCUCGACCCUAAGUACCAUUGAGAAUUGUCUUGGUGGAAGCUGUUUUCGAAGAGAAACUAAGCUGAAAGACGGAGAAGAAAUCUGAAGAACAAUUCACCCAUAAACCUUGUUUUAAAUGUGAUGAUUGUGAGAAAAUUGUUGAAAUGUGUAGUUUUUACCUUUAAAUUUUUACAACUCCUUAUAUCUGGCCUAAACGAAAGUUUUAUGGGUCAUUAAGCCAUAACUUAUUUUGAGAAUAUGUGCAUCUUUUAAUAAAUAGCUUGCAAUGAACUGCUUGCAACUUUUCAUGUAAAUGCAAUCUAACCUUUAUGUUAAUUAACUUUUCAUCUGAUCCGCCACUCUACUAGACCAAAAAGCAUAUGUGAUCAAUGUGAAACAAGUUCCAAUCAGAAAUUGUAAAUAUUAAAAUUUGUGCUUGUCGAUGAUCAGCCUUGUAUAUGCGAAUAUCCAAUACUGUAGUAUAAGCUUUCUUUACUCGAAAAGACACCGUUUGUAUGAAUACAAAGAUACCAUAUGCUAACAGACCACUUUUCAAAACAAACAAGGGACAUUCGGAAGGAAACCUUCUAGUAUCAAAAAGUAAUGCAACAAGUAAUCAACAUAAGUGUGUUUCUGAACUAUUUGCAUCUAUGAAACUAUAAUAAAUCAUCAAAAUAUCAAAAAAAAACCAAUGCUAAGACAUCAAUGGCCAAAAACAUUUUUCUAAAGCAACCAAAAUCCCACACUUUAUAUAAAUUAAUAGCCAAAGAGAUACAUGAUGAGUAAAUCUCCAAACAGUACUCCCAAACAACCACACUGAACCAAAACCAGCUAGUUUUAGAAAAGCGUGAUCUCCAAUAUGUAUACUAUUUGGCAUAGAAAUCACAUGCUGUGAAAGGAAUCUCACCAGUACGAAUCGGAAGCUAUAAAAAUCUAAUGCAGCCAAAAACAUAGCCAAGAAUUCGGACCUAUGCACUACCCAUUUUUUGCGACAAAAAGCUAGACACUUCAACUUCAUCAACAUAUCAGACUUGAGGAGAUAAGAGAUAUGAAGACGUAAACUUACCUUGUAAAGAGGAUGCAUCGAUGAGUUCCAUCACGUGAUUGCUUCAGCUCCUGUAAGAGUACUGUAAUAAAUAAGGAGAAUCUACAUUUCAUGGACUAUAGGAGAA